UACUCUUCCCAAAUCUUAACGGAAAAUAACGAAAUCCAGAAAACGCACCACAGAAAGUUCGAAAAUUAAAAUUCGAAAACCCGAAUCCGAAUAGCAGCGGCGGCAAUGGGGGUGGACUACUACAACAUACUGAAAGUUAAUCGGAACGCGAGCGAGGACGACCUGAAGAAGGCCUACAAGCGGCUCGCCAUGAUUUGGCACCCGGACAAGAACCCCGCCGGGAAGCGGCCGGAGGCGGAGGCCAAGUUCAAGCAAAUCUCCGAGGCCUACGACGUCCUCAGCGACCCCGCCAAGCGCCAGAUCUACGACCUCUACGGCGAGGAGGCUCUGAAAUCGGGGCAACUUCCGCCUCCCUCUUUUUCCUCCUCCGCCCGCUCCUCCGCCGCUUCGGGCCACCACUACUACGCCAAUCACAACCACCAGCGCCACGCACACCCGAAUACUUCGGCGUUCACGUUCAGUCCCAGGGACGCCGACGACAUUUACGCCGAGAUUUUUGGAUCCGAAGGCGACGGAGGCGGGGUUGGGGGCGGAGGGAGGUAUAGAGAUGGGUUCUUUAGGACGUCCAAUGGUGGUGGGCCAGAGUUUGCGGGACCCAAUAGGGCUGCGCCUGCGAGGAAGGCCAAUGCGGUUGAGAAUUUGUUGCCCUGCAGCUUGGAGGAGCUCUAUAAGGGUGUCAAGAAGAAGAUGAAGAUUUCCAGAAACAUCUACGAUGCCGUUGGUGCUGGUAAGGUUUGGACUGUGGAGGAGAUUUUGACCAUUGAGAUCAAACCAGGUUGGAAGAAGGGCACAAAGAUCACCUUCCCUGAGAAGGGUAACCAAGAGCAAGGUGUGAUUCCGGCGGAUCUAAUUUUUAUUGUAGACGAGAAACCACACGCACUUUACAAGAGGGACAGUAAUGACCUGGUGGUCAACCAGGAGAUAACACUGCUGGAGGCACUCACCGGCAAGACUCUUGACCUUACCACCCUAGAUGGACGGAAUCUCAUGAUCCCGUUGACUGAUAUCAUCAAACCCGGAGCUGAAAUGGUGGUACCAAAUGAGGGAAUGCCGAUCUCAAAAGAACCUGGAAAAAAGGGAAAUUUGAGAAUCAAGUUUGAUGUCAAGUAUCCUUCAAGGCUUACCACAGAACAGAAAUUUGAUCUGAAAAGAGUUCUGGGCGGAGUUUCUUUAUGACUGCUAACGAUGGAUCUCACUGUUGACAAUAAUGUAAAUACAAUACGUUACGUUUAUGCUAUUUGAAGAUUGUGAAUACUAGAAGGUUUCUGGGGUGAGAAGGGAAGAGCUACGGACACUGUUUUAGCAAGGGCUCCUGCAACCUGCAUUUGGAAUUUGGAUGCGUCGUGUGGCACGAGGGAGUUGAUUAAUGUCAUUUUUUGGUUCAUUUCAUUAUUUUUUUUAAUUUGAUUUGCAUUCUAUAUACCUAGAAAAUAUGCUUGGAUUUUGAUUAGAAAGUAAAGUGAGUUGCUCACUUCUUGAAAUCGAAUGGUUAAAUUUGACGUUUUGGGUGAUUCAA